GUUCGUGAUGAUGUAAUUAUCGCUGACGUCACGUUUUGAAGAUGGCAGACGCCGCAAACACACCGACACCUGAGAGCUGUAUAGCAAGUCAUUCUGAUGAAGAAUAUGACAAAAAAUGUAUUUUCUGUAAAAUCUUAAAGGGUGAGAUGGGAACAGAGCUUCUACACAGCGAUGAGACUGUGUCCUGUUUCCAAGAUAUCCACCCUGGAGCUCCUCAUCACUAUCUGGUUGUGCCAAGUAAACAUGUUGGCAAUUGCAAAUCUCUCAGCAAAGAGCACGUACCGUUAGUGGAAAAGAUGCUGGAAACGGGGAAAGAGAUACUUGAGAAGAACAAUGUGACUGAUUUAAGUGAUGUUAGGUUUGGCUUCCAUUGGCCUCCAUUCUGCUCCGUCACACAUCUACAUCUUCAUGUUCUCGCACCCGUCAGUCAGAUGGGCUUCAUGUCACGUUUGAUCUACAGGUUAAACUCGUAUUGGUUCGUUACGGCAGACCAGUUACUCCAAAGACUGAACUCUAUGGGCUAAAUAUUACCACACUAAUGUAGUGUAUUGAAACUCCAAAUAACACUAAAGAUUGAGAUGCCCAGAGCCAUGUUACUAAUAACAACCGUCCAAUCUGUUUGUGAUGACGGAAGGUCACAGUUGAGUGCCUCUGGGUUAUAAUACUCAUUAAUGCUGCAAUCAUUGUUAGUUAUAUCAUCGGCCAGACGGGCUAAUCAAAUUUGCAGCUACUUUUGAAUUGCUUGUGAACAAAAAAGGCAUGCAGAAUAGUAAUGACACUGAUAAUUUUGACAGAAUCAUUAAUCUUUUAUGGUGAACAGUUGGGCUUCUUCCAGUUUUACCAAGAUGAUAUUUAAGUAUGCAUUGCAGCGAGAAAGACUUUUAAAUAUGAAUAUGAAUUAAAUAUGAGGUAAAAAUGGUAAUUAAUCUCAAUAAUUGGCUUUGGCCUUUCACCUCACAUCAAUAGGCCAAAUUCAUUGUUCAUUGAUUCUGUGUUUUUGUUACUCUAUAAUAUACAAUCCACUCUGUUUGCCUUUAUAUAAAGACUAAUGAAAUGUUAUUAGCUCUGUUUAUAUCACAAUGUACUGUAUUGGCUGAAAGGGAUAGUUCACUCAAAGAUUUUCAUUGUCAUCAUUUACUCACCCUUGUCACACACCUGUUUGUGUUCGUUUUUUUCUUUCUGCUGGACACAAAAGAAGAUGUUUGGAAGAAUGCUGAAAACCUGUAACUAUUGACUUCUAUAGUAACACCUCAGUCAGCUGCCAUUCUUGUUCAUAGUUUAGUCACAUCCCGUUUAGAUUACUGUAAUUCCCUUCUGUUUGGCCUCCCUAAAAAAACUCUUCAUUUUUUACAACUGGUACAAAACGCUGCAGCCCGCAUAAUCACAAAAACCCCCUCUAUCUGUCACAUCACACCCAUUCUACAACAGCUUCACUGGCUUCCCAUCUCUUUCAGAAUUAAUUAUGAAAUGCUUCUUCUCACUUUUAAAGCCAUCCACAAUCUUGCUCCUCCAUACCUGGCUAAUCUUGUUCAUAUCGCCACACCGUCUCGAACAGGUCUUCUUCUUCCAUUCACCUCACUGUUCCCUGUCCGCCUUGUCACCAUGGGGAGCAGAUCUUUUAGCCACUCUGCUCCUCAGCUUUGGAAUUCACUCCCUACUGAUCUCCGUAAUUUAGACUCUCUUUCACAAUUUAAGUCCAAACUCAAAACGCAUCUGUUUAAAACAGCCUAUUCUCUUUGACUCGCUUGCAUUUUUAAAGUUUGUAUUGUAUUUUAUUGUUUUUAUUGUGUUUUUAUUUGAAUUAUUUGUUUUAGCUGUCCUGUACGG